GCAGAAAUGAAAUUUUGACUGCUCACAAUAAACAGAAUCAGACGGCAACAAGUCAUAAGGACUUAGUCCAAUGUAUGUGCGAGGGUUCCAGUAGAAGGGGGAAGCAUGCGUGCAUAAUUAGGCUAUAUCGUAACAUGUGUGGCGGAUCCAUCCGUUCCGCAAUAAGGUAUGUGAGACCCCUUGGGACGAUGCAUCAUGUCAGAAAGGGGCAGCAAAAGCGCAUAUUAGGCUACACCGUAAGUUGUCAGGCGGAUCCAUCCGCUUCACAACCCCAUAAGGAACUGGCGUUGGGAAAAGCUCGAGCAGAGCAGUGUGGCGUUUCUUUGCCUGCGAUCAUGUUCACGGUAUUGGAGAAUCGAUAUCAGGUUGGUUCUUGGAGUUGGGUGAAAGACAAGUUGCCUGGGCGGGAAAGGGCAUUGCACAUGGCAGGUGACGUCAUGCGCACAACUCUGGACGUGGCGGGUGACGUCAUGUGCACGACUCUGGGCAUCAACAAGUAUACAGGCGUGCCCGGGUUGGCGAAAGACAACAUAGUGGGUGACGUAUGCUUGUGUAAGCGUAGAUUGCGAGACCUUGUUCGGGCAAGGAACUACGAGGGCACGGUGUUCUUGACACUAUGGUUACGGAGAGGAUAUUCUGCAUGGCGGGUGAUAUCAUGCGCACAGUUCUUCACGUGGUCGUUGCGCAGCAUCUGGGUGGAACAGUGGGGGAUCAACGACCGCAACAGGUAUCCAGGUCCUGACACUUCGUGCUCGUCGUACGUAGAUCAAAUGGCAUCCGACGGCGCUGGAGAACAACGCGACACCGCCCGACCGUCCGUCGAAGAAGUGACGCUUGAUGGAGGCCGGAACCGUGAAGGGCAUUUAGUGACCUCGGGCACAACGGCAACGACCGAGCGAAGCCAUCCGUCCGUUGGGGGCGUGACUCCUGAGCCAUGUGGGAACCGUGGUGGGGCCGCAACGACAACGGGUGCUGCACCAAUUGCCGAUCGGAGGCGUCGGGGGUGUUCGUCCGGCGAGAAGAAGAAUCCUCAGUACUAUAAGCUAGACAACCAUUCGUGGCCCAUUGCCACAGUCGAUGUUGAGCCCAUGAGGACUCAAACGUCCGAAACGGCGCUGACUGGCGGUCCCGAUGAGGGUGCAGUGCCGAGAACAUUUGUCGAGGUUAUGAACCCUGAUUACAUUCCCUCACAGCCUGAUCACCCUCAAGCGUAUGAAGAGUCAGAACCCGAAAUUCAAGAUGGCGAGGGUGCAGUUGAGAAGACCCCUAAUCAACAAGGUGGUGGAGCUGAAUCAGAGGCUGAACGUUUAAAGAGGGGGACAAUCUGCAUCCGGGAAGGCGGUGGAGCUGAAUCAGAGGCUCCGGUGUGUCGAGGGAUUGUUGAGGUUGGUGGUGGUGCAAAGGGGAAGGCACCCAUACCGCCUGGGCAGAACCCGGAAGAGGAAGUUUCUGACGAAGAGGGGGGUACCCAUGACUACACCCAGGUCGUGUCGACAGGAGAUAAACGAGUUGGGCAAGGGUCUGCCGAGGGGGGAAAGCAAAAGAAGAGAAAAAUUGUGGAUAACGGCACUAAAGAAGAUAAAAAGGUAUGGCAAGAGAAAUUAAGGUACUUUUUACCUCUCGUCAUGAGCGAUGACCAGACGUGGCAACUAGGUAUGAAGUUCUAUGACGAGUGGACGAAGGGUCAACUUCUCGCUCCGGAAGGCGCCCUGUGGACUAAGUGGCCUCUUACGACUGACCCGAAAGCCACUAAGGAGGGUCAAUCUUUUGCAGAGGACAGCAGCGGCCAGAAGAGAGUCGUGUAUAAUGUUCGGGUUACAGAUCCAAAGCUGUGCAAAGGAAAGAUGAGGAGGAAACAAGAGGAGCGCGACUUUUUCGUUCAAGUCAAUGAACCCGACGUGCAUUGCUGGAAAGAAAUGGGGGAUCUCACAGAUCUAGAAAAACAACGGAUUUUGAGGGGUGUGUUGGACCUUGAGAUUGUAUGGGUGCAGCAGGGGAGCGAGAAACUAGUUGAGCACGGAAAAAUGGGGAUGAAAGACGCCUGCGAAAUCGUAAAGCAAGACCGAAUGUUGCUUCGACUGUGGAAUAUAAUUGAGUUCCAGCACCAGGGCCGGACCAGCGAUGAGUGGAACGCUGGUUUCUUCCGGACGAGAGAGCAACUGUUGACGCAAUACGGCUCGAGGGGGCUGAACGAGAAGUUAUGGGCGGCUUGCAGGAGAUUUGUCACCGAUCACUCAUACCUGAAGGACUGCCCCCAGUACCUCCGUUGUUCCUCAGAUAAGGAGCUGAAAACAAUGCUGAGUCUAGUUGAAGACAAGAAGUUCCCUACCGAGUUCAAGCGGGCUGUUUUGUCCGUGCUCAAAGGCGAACGCAGCAAAGAGAAGGAGGCGCCUGUCAGACUGGACGAUUGCACUAACAUCAAGUGGAGGGACACCAAAGUCGUCACAACACUCUCACCUUUCGCCUUCGAUGCUUUCACAGCAUUUCUUGUGAAGGACGACAUGCGGCGUGUUGUGAGGCAACUCCGGUUGGUCGCUUUUGUUCCCAGGGUCUGGGACCUCUCUUUCACGAGUCUACUACAUUGUCUCCCUAUGGUGAGUGGAAGCGCAGGAAAAUGGGUUCGAAGGGGCCAAAUUCGGAAGACCUACCAGAUCGGUAAUAGCACAUGGGCCGAAGAGGACAGGAUGUAUGUACUCUUCCACGGGGAUGACCUCAAGCUCAAUACUCAUCCAGUUUAUGAGGGGGGGUUGCGAGAUGACGACGUUGCCGCCUUGGGAAAGAAGCAGAAGUGCACACCAUCCGAUAUUGUUGAAACUCAGUUCACACCGACGACGUUCCAUUCAGCAGGCGUCCUCCACCAGAAGGGGGUGGUGUAUAAGGAAAUGGAGCGCAAGCCUAGUAUGUUGUCCAACCUCAUGGAGUUCUUCUGCCCACCCGAGAAUGCGGUUAUGUUCCUUGGGAAGGCGCACACCCAAGUUGUGUGGAACCUCCUCAAGAGUGGGCGCCAUGUAGUGGUCGUGAAGGGGGACACAAAACUCCUCAGCUUUCUGAAGACGUACAUCAUGCACGAGAUCAAUAGUGGAGUUCACAACUGCGACUUGCACAUCGGGCAAAACUCCAUCCAGCAUGAUCCCAACAGGAACUUUUGGUUCAAGCUGUCCUCCGAGAAACGGGCAAAGCUUUACAAGUUCCUCUUCCAGGACACACGUCCCUCAUACCGAACCGAUAAUGACUACAUACUGCGUCAACAAGUCACGAUCGGAACACUGGACGGCUACCAAGGUGGGUCAAGGGAGGCGGCGGCAAACUUCGCCGACAAACUGGAAGAGUGUUAUUUUGACCAAGGGAAGACUGAAGUCACUCUUAAUAUCUUCAGGGCACACUUCAAUAACGAGGAGGACUUCAACCCUAACGACGAUGAAGAGGUCAGCGUAGGUAAUACGGAGUUCGAUUUGGAGGCAACAUACCGCAAACAUGCUGCCGGUGUAGCAUCCUUGUCAACGCCUGCAAGUUCCCUGAUUCCCGUGGGUUCGCCUCUCGGCACUUCAGUUGUCGUGCCGGUCGCUACUCCAACGUCCGGUUCUUCAAAAGGAUUUUUGUCGUCGAGGAGAAGACCACUCAGCCCCACCGUCAGGCCGGGACUUCCAAUUCCGCUGCCCGUGUUGUCGGGUCUUCUACCAGGCAAAAUAUACCACUUCGGCAAAGACCACAAGAGCACCAGCGAGGCUGAAUGGGGUCACCACAUAGUGUGGCAUCCUGAUUAUUUCCAACCGGCCGUUCUGGAUAGUGAAUGGGUCAUGAGCAAAGUCAAUGAUGACGAUGUGUGGGAAGUUGAUACGCGCAUGUCAAAGGAAGAUUUCUUACAAGUUGCGCAUGAGGAGGUGGUACGGCGCAUUGCGGGGAUUAACUCCCUAGAACCGGAGAAUUCGGUGGCCGUAUGGCAUGGACAGUCCAUAUUCAAAAUUUUACGGGAUCGCAAUUCGUUGGAGCUCCUUGCUGAUUUUUACGGACUCGAGACGAGCCCGAGUUACGGAAUCCAAAUAGAGUGGGUGAUUUCGUCGGGAGGUGGUGGGACCGGCGGUGGUGGAGGGGGUGGAAUCGGCGGUGGUGGAGGGGGAGGAACCGGCAGUGGUGGAGGGGGUGGAACCAGCAGUGGUGGAGGGGGUGGAACCGUCAGUGGUGGCGGAGGUAACCAGGGCAUGCGAGGAGCGGGGGGCGACGGCCAUACAGGAUCGGGGGGCCGCGGCGGUACAAGAUCGGGUGGGCAAAGUGGGUAUCAGCCAAGCUCUGCACGAACAAUCCCGCAUGGAAUGGGUGCCCGUCUAAAAGUAGAAGGGACUGCCUCACAGACCAGCACGGGUUCUCGACUUGUUGAACCCACCGCUGCCCUAUUGUUCAGUGGAGGAUGUAUCCGCCCCACAAUCGGGGCCGGAGUUUUUGCAUGUUCCAAACUGCUCAGUGUCGGGUCUGUCCCAUGCACAGUUUCUGCGGGAUCUAAUUUCGCCUCAGACUUGGAAGGGGAAGUGGGAUCCAUAAAGCGCUUGACAUGCGGCCCUCACAACUGCCUGCAUGUGUCAAGUCCGUGCGUGGAGGAGAAAGACGUCACCAUGUCGGAGCAGGAAGAAGGGGUUGUUCAUCAUCCGCUGGGUGAUGACAUCGCCCGAAAGCUUUUUCACGAUGACGAAGACCUUGCUGCCACCGCAGCUGUGGUGGAUUCCAGUCCAGGCAAGACUGAGGACGCCGGGAAAGCUCUCGUGGAACUGUCUCUCAAUGAGGAUGUCGGACAACAGCGUGCCGACUCUCUUAGUCCCUCUGUUGAAGAGGUCGUUCGAAUCGUCAACGCUGACCUUGACGACUUGUCCAAGUUCCCAGCCCGUGUGGAUCUCAUUGUUGCAUCGGGGAAGAUCAAAGGAGCAGGGGUAGUGCUAGGUCUGAAAGCCAGCUGCGUACAGGAGGAGGUGCCACGAGUUCAAGAUAAACACGAGGACGAUACUGGUGGACAUGCUCGAGAAGAAGUUGUGACCGCAGACAUGAGCGCACCGAGCGUUGGAAGAAGUGAGGGAGAGUUGUCGAACUUGUUGGACAACCUUGUACAUUCUUGCCUAUCUCCAACGACGAUUGUGGCUCGCCUGCUUGUUGAGAACUUGGUUGUUAGGGUUCGACACAUGGACACCUCGUUGGACAGAGGAGGCGAGCUGAACGACGAGGUCGUGAACUUCUACUUGGCCUUGCUUGUUAGGGAUAGUCAUAUAUCUUCUUCCAAAGUGUACAACUUUGUUUCUUUCUUUUUCACGAAAUUGCUACUUCAGGGUUGUAAAGGGGUGACAAGAUGGACGAAAGAUGUCAAUCUUUUCGAAUAUGACGUCUUGCUCAUCCCUAUUCACAAGGACAACGAACACUAGGUUUUUCUUACGGUAGAUUUUAGAAAGAGAGUUGUACAGUACGUUGAUUCUUAUUAUAGUGCAGUGUGCGACGCUUCAUUUGCUUCAAAUGCUUGCAGAGCGGUUCUGCAGUACCUGAAUGAAGAGGCAAUGAUAAG